CAUCGGCCUCUUCCACACGCUCACACACGAUCUUUGGGAAUUGGGGUGUAGUUCUCUGCAAAGUACUUUUUCUACCGGAGAAUGGAUGAUAUAGCUAAACUAUUUGAAGAUCGUACGCUUAAUACAACCAUGGCUGCUCGGAAGCAACUCACGAAGGUUUGAAUUUGAUUGAUGUAUAUGAGUGUGUUUUGAUGUUUUAGAACUUUUAAUUUUGCGCUGUUCCCGAUUGGAUAUUUAGGAAAUUUUGUUUAUGUACACGUUUGAAAUCAGUAAUCGUCAGUUUUCAUUCAUAAAUCGUUUAGUUGAUUAGUGGGAAUUUGAAAUUUAAGGGUUUAAAACAUUUGGGGUUCUUUUUGGGACUAAGAUAUGCAAUCUCGAAGACAUGAAGAUUUCGCUUGUCAAUCUUCUUAUGGCCGGAUCCGUCGAAACACUGAUCUCGAUCCAGAUAGUUACUUAAUGAUGUCACCUCACUCGAAGGGGAGUUGGAGCCCCCGCAGAAUGGAAGGUCCUCCAUACUCCGGACGGGUGUUGGGUGGUCAUCGGAGUGCUUCCCUGGAGAGGAGGAGGCUUGUGGAUGACGGUGGUAGAAGAAUCCGUUCUAGGUCACCGCCUUAUAUGGAGGCCAAAAGAGGACGCCCUUUUUACAGUGACGAUUGGGUUAUGGAUAGAGAUUUGCCGACUCCAGAACGACGUUCACGAUAUGAGUUCUUCAAUCACAUGGAUAUGAAAUAUGAUGACGUUGAGUCUCCUACGAGGAACGAGUUUGGUUAUGGCCGUGAUUCCUCCAGAACAGCGAUAAUAGACAAUAAGUUUGAAGGUAGGAGGCUAGAUAGUGGGAUACGAGAAAUGGGGAGUCAGAAAUCAGCAGUUAUGGGAAUGUACAGGUCCACAGGAGAUGUAGGACCCACCUCCACAACUGAAAGCGUUAGGGAUCUCCCAUCGGCAUCACUGAACAUUGGUUUAGGUCAGCCCGGAAAAGAAAGAGUUCGGUACCCUGACGCCCAAGGCUCAUAUUUAUUCGAUAAAUACACAGCUAUGAAACAAUAUGGGGAUGGGGAAAAGAAUAUGGUUCAUCCAAGGGAUGCUCCUUAUUCCAAUUUGACAGCAUCUAGGUCGAAGGAAUCUAUCGGUGCAUCUCAUUUCAAGGAUUAUGCAAGAACAUCUCCACGAAAGUCAAGGGUUGAUCAUUUAGGCUAUCGAGGUGGUAUACCUGUGCAUCGAGACAACCACAACCAUCCAUUGAACCCUGCGGACAUACCAGACCCUCUGUCUCACUCCAGAUAUGAACAAAGGCAGCGCUUGGACCUUGGCAGAGACCCUGACCUCAACAUCAAUGAGGACAUGGCUCGAUACCGGCGGGAGACAUUUAGUUCCCCGAGAACUGGGCAUCUUGAUUCUUUGUGUCUUCAACCACGAAUGCGUGAAAGAGUGGACUAUUUAUAUCCAUCUGAUGACGUAUAUGAAAAGAUGAAUUUGAGUGAGAGGGUGGACUACAAUGAUAGAGAUAUGUUGCAAUCAAAUUUGCUGAACCAUGCUACACAGCGAGCAGAAACUUCUGAUUUUGCUUGCAGGAAUAUGAGCAGUAGAAGUUCAUUGGACCAUCUUUCUUUAGAGAAGCUAACAGCCACAAAUAAUAUUGGUUUCAGCAGAUCACCAGCUGAAAAAAGAGAAAGUGUGCAGUAUCUGGAUACUGCUAGUGUUCAUUCGCGGCUUGGGAGGAAAAUUUCAGGAGAACAGGAAAUGCCAUACACGGGUAUGGUACAAGAUCGUGAAAUAGAACAUAUCAGGGUAGAUCAUGGUUACAAACGAGAUGUAGGUACAGGAUCUCAGAAGGAAAGAAUGAGAAGUUCGCCUGGAGUUUUAUACGACACAGAACGGCUUAGACUUCUUGAAAGAACACAUAAGAGGGAAGGGCAUGAUCUUCCCCCAUAUGACUCAUCCAGUAGGUUUCUGAAGAGGAAAUACUCGAUGGACGACGAAGAAAAUAGGAUUACUUCUAGAACUAUCACGAGUAGAUUGAAUACUGUCACUAGAAGACAAGAUCGUGAAUUUAGCGAUGAGGAGUGGAUAGAUCAAGAUGCCAGGGGUUCAUACCUUGCUAAAAGAAGGGAUCAAACCCAUGGGUUCAGUAGAAGGGUAGACAAGGCUUAUGAUGAAGCAGAUGAAGAAUGGUUCUCAUCUCAUCCUGAGGAACGCAUGCAUGAUCAUCGUAUGAAAUCGUAUAAAUACGAUGAUAAAUAUGCAAAAGGUUAUUCCAGAUCUGGUUCUCGGGGUGGGUAUAGUUCAAACUAUUCAAAUAAAAAAUAUCAAGUUUCCAAAUGGAAGAAUGUGUCUAUAAGAAGUGAAAAUGACAAAGAGGUUGACAUGUACCCAGGUGAACACGAGCAGUAUGAAAGUUUGGCAAGUGGUGUGAAAUCAGAACCACAUGAAGGCUCUGAGGAGUUCAAGCAGCUGGUACAUGAUUUUUUCUUAUCUUUCACCAAAAAGUUGAAUGAUACCCCAGGUGUGCGAAGAAGAUACAUGGAGCAAGGGCGGGCAGGUAGCUUGUUCUGCGUCGUAUGUGGCAGAAGGUCUCUGCAAAUACGUGUUCGAAGGAUACUUUUGAGCUAAUAUGGCUGUCUGUGGUGUGUAGUUCAAUGAGGAAGGUGAAUGGGUUAAUAGGAGUAAGUUUCUUUUACACCUGAAGUCAACAGCUUUGCUCAUUUGGACUUGCUCUAGAUGGGUGACUCUGCACUUGGUUUAAAUUGACUGCUCUUUGCAGUAGCUUUGGAGCAUAUACAUAAACAUUCAUGAGAGAUGCUAGCUAUACGAGGUGGCGACUAUGCUUAAAUUGGAGUAUUUAUCUUUCAGUUGAUGGAAUUGUCAGCUUUUGUAAAGCUUGGGCAGUACCUGCCACAAUCACACUUUGCUGCAAGAAAAACAGGGUUGGUAAGAACUCCCAAUUAAAUUACAAUGUCUAGCUCUUGGAGCCUUCACAUACCAAGUUCUUCUGGGAUGAUAAGAAGGAGGGUAGGCCUGCCCUAUCUAUAGAUGAUAKAUAUAUCUCACUUUCUUCAAUCAAUCAUGCCAGAUUGAGGAAAACUUAACAAGGGCCCUACCAGAGGAGCAAUGUGUAAAUUGUGAUAGGCCUGAACCAUUUACCUUGGAUAUGUCUUUUUAUAGAUUCUAGCUAUUGCAGUAACAUAUCGACAAGUGAAGAGAAGCUAUUCUACUAGCAGGAGGAAAAUUCUCUUUGUUUUGAUGAGUUGUGAUAUAGUUGAGAUAUAUAAUCUCCUUAUCAUGUACACACACAGAGAGCAAGAGAGGAGAAUUUCUGCCACAGAGAUAGGUGAAUAGCCAGUCUAAUUCAUCUGGAAUAUGGCAUAAAUGUGUGUGUGAGAGAGAGAGAGGCCAAUAUUACACGAGUAUUGUGGACAGAAAUUUGAGAGAUAAGGAGUGAGGAAGGGAGUGUUUGCUGUGUUCAUUUAAUCCAAAUCAUGUGCUAUUUUGUCAUUAUCUUGUUCUCUCCCUGGAAAGACAAACAUGGUAAGUAGAAGAGAGCUCCAUAUUCUUUGACCCAAAUUAUACAUUGAAACCUAAGAUAUAUGGAAAGAAUAAUUUACGAUCCAUUUGUCCUGUACAAUAGAAUUUUACUGUUGACCAUCUCCCUUAAAAUGUCCAUACAACAUUCUCAUGCAAUUGUGAUGUUAUUAAGGGACCUGAAAUUUGAGAAGAAGCCCUCUGAUUAGUGUUUGCUGCCUCUGGUUUCUGUUCUGGCAAAAGGUAAAAAAAGCAUGUUUUCAAUCCUAAUUGAGAUGCUUGUAGCUGUUAUUGUUUGAGUGUAGCUGUUAAUGUUCUUGCCAUGUUCUUGUUAUAGUGGUACGACGUUGACAUUUAUGCUCUUCCUGAGUUCUAAUAUUGCUUAUUUGUCAUUUUUUUAUACCA